AUGUCGUUACUUAGGACUUUUCAAAACCAAGCUCGCAUUGUUACGCUUUUCACUCACAUAUCUGAACGACCAAAUACGUUAUCCAUAUCAAAGGCGUUAAAAGAGUCCGAUGCGCCUACGAAGUUUAUGAUCCAAGUAGCAAGAGAGUUUCCAACUCUUGAUCAACUAAAAUACAUGCGGGAAAUCAACUCUGGACUACUUGGAAUGCAAGUUAUAAAUGCGGAAGACAUUAUGGCAAAACCUUCUUUCGAUCCCGUAUUUCGCAGUUCACUUAGUGAGUGCGUCAAAAAGGGUAUAUGGAAUAAUAAUACUGGAAUAUGGGUUGACUGGGAAAAAAAAUUAAUGGGUAAGUACUUAGUGCAUGGACAGUGA